AUGGGUGGGCGCUGCUCCAAGUGCGGCAGCUGCUGGCGGCGCUCCAAGUUGCAGGACUCGGUCCUUGAGUCCGCCGCCGAUCUCGGUAAUGAUCUCCGGCCAGCUCGCUGUUCUCUCUCCCUCAGCUCGGGGUGCUUAAUUUUGGUGGCGGAUGUUACAGAGAAUGGGGGGACGGUGGCGGACCGGCACGGCGUGCCGGCGUUCGCCGAGUACGGUCUCGAGGAGCUGCGCGCCGCCACGGGGGGCUUCUCCCCGGAGAACAUCGUCUCCGAGCACGGCGAGAAGGCCCCCAACGUCGUCUACCGGGGCCGACUCCCCGCCGGCGAUCGCGUCGUCGCCGUCAAGCGUUUCAACAAAUCCGCCUGGCCCGACGCUCGCCAAUUCCUCGUCCGCCCAUUACUCUCUCCUCGUCCCUCUCCUUGUACCUCCAUUUCUCUUUCUCUCGUCGCUCUUGUGACGGCAAUCUGCAACAGGAGGAGGCGAGGAAUGUGGGGCAGCUUCGCAGCGAGCGGCUGGCGAACCUCAUUGGGUGUUGCUGCGAGGGGGACGAGAGGCUCCUGGUCGCGGAGUUCAUGCCCCACGAAACCCUAGCCAAGCACCUCUUCCACUGUGAGUACCCAUCCCCGUCGACCUGCCCCGUUUCCCGGCUUCCUCCGGACACUACGCCCUUCGUCUUCUUCGUGCGGUAGUAGCCUGCUGGAGGUAGAACAGGACCAAGGAAUCGGUCCUCUCCGGAUCUGCCAUCGUUGGGCCUCCCCCCUCCCUCCGUUCUCCCGCAGCCAACCAGGGCCGCUGGCUCGGGGGUCUCCUGAUCCCCCCGCCGCGCUACCAUUCUCUGUGGCCGAUGCGGCAUUCCAUUUGGAGAAUGGUCCUCAGGGCGGGCGCCAUUGAUUCGUUCUGGGUUUCCUCUUCCCUCGACUUCUGUUCGCCUUCCCUGGACCCGGAAACCUGCGGUAUAUCCAGCCAUCAGGUUAUGCUACUAGGAAUUGGAACCAUCUAUUUCCACCAUCAUCUGCUCGGUCGGAUCUAUUUUCUUUCGUCGGGGACAGAAUCAGUGCUCAGAUGAGCGCCGAUCAUCGGAGCUCCCGCUCCGCACAGGAAUCCGACUUCUUAGAGCCCCCCGUUCUCUUCCAUUCCUCUCCUUGAGCGCUCAGUUCUUCGCAGGGGAUACCCAGCCGAUGAGAUGGUCGAUGAGGAUCAGAGUGGCGCUGUUCCUGGCGCAGGCCUUGGAGUACUGCGGUGGCAGAGGGCGAGCACUCUACCACGACCUCAACGCCUACAGGGUUCUCUUCGAUCAGGUGUCUCAUCACCUUCCGACUGUGUCCCGCAUCAGUUCAUACACAGAUAUAUAUAUAUACAGAGAGAGAGAGAGAGAGAGAGAGAGAGAGAGAGAGAGAGAGAGAGAUCUAUACGCACUUUUCCGAUGAUUUUACCUUCCGGGGCGCCAUUUCCGACUGUGGUGGGGCUGUUGUCGCCGGCAGGAGGGUAACCCAAGACUGUCGUGCUUCGGGCUGAUGAAGAACAGCAGAGAUGGGAAAAGCUACAGCACCAAUCUGGCUUUCACGCCCCCAGAGUACCUAAGGACAGGUAUUUUUCUCGAACACAGAGGAAAUUACUCCGACAAGAGACGAAGAACAGCCCCCGGCCGAUUCGACUCGGCUUCGAAUCCAUGCGCUAAAGGAUCUCUGGAGCUCAUCUGGUAAUUUUCUUGGCCGAAUUUGGCAGGAAGGGUGACGGCGGAGAGCGUCGUCUACAGCUUCGGCACUCUGUUGCUCGACCUCCUCACCGGAAAACACAUUCCCCCGAGCCACGUACGAUCCGAUCUUCCCCCGAACAUCGUUUCCUCAUCGGAGAUUUCUGAGCCGUCCUGCUUUUUUUAUGAACCCAACCAUCUUCCGUCCCCCGGGGGGCUGCGAUUUCCUGGCGCGAGAUCGUCGUCUUCUCACGAUUCUCGUUCUCGCAGGCGCUCGACGUGAUCCGCGGGAAGAACUUCCUGGUCCUGAUGGAUUCCUGCCUGGAGGGCCACUUCUCCAACGAGGACGGCGCCGAGCUGGUGCGACUGGCCUCUCGCUGCCUGCAGUACGAGCCUCGCGAGAGACCCAACGCCAGGUCCCUCUCCAUCGCCCUCGCCCUGCUCCAGAAGGAAACCGAGGUGAGUGAAGCCCGACUAGCAUCUUCUUCUUCUUCCCGGCUGAGAAUUCUUCACCCCUGCACCAGCCUUUAAACCUUUCGCCGCCGUCCUCUUCUUCCUCCUCGUUUCUGAGCAGGUGGCGUCGAGCGUUCUGAUGGGCAUCCCCCUCAGAGGCCCUUCUUCCGACGAUGCCCAGUCGUUGGCGUUGACCCCUCUCGGGGAGGCCUGCUCGAGGAUGGACCUCACGGCCAUCCACGAGCUGCUGGAGAAGACCGGCUACAAAGACGACGAAGGGAUAGCGAACGAGGUGGGAAGCAGAUUGUCGUCUGCUUUUUUCUCUCUUGGGGAGGAAUUUGCGAUUCUUCCUUCCUUCCGGCCUGACGGACGCGAUUCUUCUUGGGAAUCGCCUCAUUCCGCAGCUCUCGUUCCAGGCGUGGACCGGGCAGAUGCAGGAGACCCUGAACUCGAAGAAGCUCGGAGACAGCGCCUUCAGGAACAGAGAUUUCGACGCCGCCAUCGACUGGUACACCCAGGUCUGCCUCUCAAUCCCAGGUCUUCCUUCCUUCCGCCACCUGCGCAUGAGCCUGCCGACUGACGGAGUUGGUCCUCACGGCGGGGCCUUUGCAGUUCAUCGACGGGGGGACGAUGGUCUCUCCGACGGUGUUCGCCCGGCGGUGCCUCUGCUACCUGAUGGCCGAUAGGUUGCAGGAGGCCCUCGGAGACGCGAUGCAGGCACAAGUGAUCUCGCCGGAGUGGCCCACCGCCUUCUACCUCCAGGCGGCGGCGCUGCUCUCCCUCGGGAUGGACAGCGACGCGCAGGAAACCCUCAAGGACGGCACCGCCAUGGAAGAAGGCCGGAGGCCUCGCAGACUCUAA